AUGACAGAACGGCGAGAGUAUGUCGAUCCACAAGCGAUCUUGGGCCGAUCAAAGAAGCCAGGGAACCCGCAGGGAGAGCACCAUGGGAGAAAGGUUGAGGCGAUAUCAACUGUUUCACGGGAAGAUAAUACUGAGUCCACCGAUAGGGUGCAGACUCGGGACGCCCCCUCUCCGAAGCUCGAGUACGGAACGCGUCUAGGCACGGAGCACGGGCACGGACCCGACAGUGGUGAGGAACCUAAGCACGGAUCACAUCUCAAGAUUGGGUCGACGGAAGAGCCCGACCCUGGCUUCAAGGACAUUCCAGAGUACCAGUACGUCGACGAAGAGGUGAUAUUCCAUGAGGGAUCGAGGAUCUCGAAAUCGGGCGUCUGGAAGGAGUUGACCCGGAGGAAGCUGCAGAGAUGGAAGAAGCGUAAAUGGUUGAUCGGGAAGGACAACGCUCUGCCACCUGCAGCGAAGGGUGUCAUCUGCGACAUCGAUGUGGGAAACGCGAGGCCCGUCGCACAAUGCGUCCGGAAGAACUCGUCACAGUCUCGCGAGAAACUUGCCGAUCUGAUCCGAGGACUCCUCAGCGCACGUAAGAUCCGCGCUCAACUUGGGGCUUCACGCAUCGCCAUCAUCGUGAAGAAGAACGGCGUCGACAUUAGACUCUGUGUCGACUACAGUUUGGUCAACGGCUUGACCCAGUGGAUGGUGUACCCGAUGCCACUGGUCACGGACCUCUUGGAAGACUUGGAUAUGUACCGAUGGAACUGCUCCUUAGACGUGGCCAGCGGAUUUUGGGUAGUCCCGAUGACGGACCGAGCCAGUCUCAUCUCCGAGUUCAUCACACCAUUCGGGUUGUUCGAGUGGCUGCGUAUGGCAUUUGGUUUAUGCAACGUGCCACAGAUAUACCAGCGGCUGAUAGACAACGCGCUGUACGGCUUCUGGAAACUCUCGCCGACUGACGAUGCGCGCAACAUUUUCAAGGACGGGGUCCCGUCCAAGCCUGGAACACACGGGGGAAAGGCUUGGGAUGACUUGUUCGAGAAGGUGGAACGCCUCCUCGAGGUUUGCGAGGAUUGGCACCUGUCGAUCAGUGUCGAGAAAAGCGAAUGGGGAAUGUCAAGAGUGGAUUACUUGGGGCACGAGGUUUCGGGAAACGGACUCGGAGCGAAGCCAAUGAACUUGGAAGCACUAGCGGCGCUGGAUUUUCCGCGCACGCUCAAAUUGUUGCAAUCGUUCUUGUGUAGUCUAAAUUACUACCACCGCUUUAUCCCCGACUUCGCGAUCUUUGCCACCCCGCUUUACUCCCUCUCAGCCCGCGACUUCGAGGAACGCGCCACGAACCCAGAAACGCGUGACGUGGAAGUGUGGGAUUACGCUGAACGUGCGCUCACGACACUUCGCAGCAAGAUCGCAGCUACCCCGAUGCUAAAGCAUUUCGCCGCGGAUAGACAACCAGUGGCCGUGUCGGCCGUCCUCAUUCAAGAGCAUGGCGGAGUGUACAUGCCCGUCAAGUUCACUAGCCGGACGUUGAAGCCCAACAAGCUGAACUACAGCAUCACCGAGAAGGAGAUCCUAGCGUUGUUGCGUGUCUUGAACGAGUGCCACAACAUACUGGUGGGAAAGACGAUACGCGUGUUGACCCGACAUACAACCCUGGGUUGGCUAUUCCGGUCUAAAGGGCUGCAAGGUCGUCUGUCGCCAUGGGCUGCCAUCCUCUCCCCAUGGCAAUUGGAAAUACUCCGGUCAGUGAAAGGGGAGGAAGCGAUUCUGGGAGCUUUGGCUGUAAGCAUCACGACGAGGACCAAUGUAGAUUCCGCAUUGGAAGAUAUCGCACCUCGAACACGCCCGUCUAAGACGGCUACGAUCUCGGUCCUGAAAAUCGGACCGACCGAGAGCCCCUAUGUGAUCAGCUUCGACGGAUCAGCCCGCGUCAAACGCGAAGGUGGUGCAUUCAGCGCAGUGGCCUGGCAGCUGCUGAAUUGGGACGUGGUAAAAGCCGCGUCCGGAUACGCGGAAGGUCUCACAGUGAGCGAAGUCGACUACCGGGGCAUGCUACUCGGGCUCUCGCUUCUAGAAUACUUGGAUGUUGCACGCCUAAUCAUAUGUGAUGAUUUAAACUUGGUGAUGGACUGUAAAUGUCCCGGUCUGAAGCAGCUGAGACAACAAGCUUGGAACGCGCUGCGCGAACGGCCCGAGCACGAGUUUCUACAUGUCCGACGAGACUGGAACGCGAGUACAGAUAUGUUGGCCGGACAGACAUUCCAACGACAAGGAGGAAAAAACGUCCAUAGCGUCGAGGGGAUCGAGGAUUUGAAGACGUUGAAUCGGUUGAGAGAAGUGCUGCAACCCACUCUACCCGUCUCAGAGCUGGAAACGCGCGGUACAGAUGACCCCGUCGCUGAGAUUAAAACGCGCGGUCCCGACAACGAGAGACGCGGGACGGGGAGGGUCUGUCCUGUGACCACCUGGUCGAUCGACGCGUCCCGUCAAAUCACACGGAGACAACCGGAACCCUUACUGGAUCAGGUCCGUACGACGCAGGACGAAGAGCUCUGGAUAGCGAACCUCAAGAAGUUCCUAAGCGGAGAUAUCAGCGAGCUUUCCAAACAGGAGGUGAAGAGCUGUGUGAAGAUCGCAGAACAGUACGAGGUGGGAGAGAGUGGUUUGUUGUACUACUACGUACGAGGAGACGAAUCGACAGAGGCUCGAGACCGGAUCAUGAAAUUGGUCGCGUCAGAGACCCUCCGACAAGACGUACUACACCACUACCACGCGAGUCUAGAAGGCGGGCACCAAGGUAUAGGCCGAACGUACCAACGCGUACGACGACAUUUCCACUGGCCAGGACUGUUCAAAAGCGUACAGCGUCAUGUUGGAGAGUGUGUCGACUGCGAGACUGGCAAAGACAGACCGACAAUCCAAGGGGAAUCUCCUGGGAAUAUCGUAGCGACGUAUCCAUUCCAAGUGGUCGCGAUGGACCACAUACCGUCACUGCCCGCGUCACACAAAGGAAACACGGAGCUGUUAAUCUGGGUCGACCUGUUUACGGGCUUCGUCAUCGCGAAGGCAAGUGCGUCACGGACUGUGCAGACGGUAGCUGAGUCGUACGAGGAGGCGGUCUUCAGACGGUUCGGGGCUAGUGAAACCAUUCACCACGACCGCGAGCCGGGCUUCAUGUCCGAUUUCUUCAAGGCUUUCAACAAACCCAAGGGUCAACGGCAGCGAGAGACUCUCGUGUAUCGCCCACAAGCAAACGGGGCGGCGGAGCGCAUGGUGCAGACGAUCACGAGGGCCAUCGAGAUGAACAUCGCGGACAACGAUCAGCGCGACUGGGACGUGUACGCAGAACGGCUCACCUACGCCCUGAAUACCACCCACGAUUGA